CUGCUGAGAGAUACCUUUCUCAGAGUUGACUGCGCUUUGACGCCACGGGCAUUUUGCAUCCCUUUUCGGCGAGGGAAAAAAUCGGCGUGGGAAGAGCGUAGGCUGGCGCAUGAAUAGAAUAUCCGCGGUCACCGUGCCUGGACGCUCGGCCUUGUUUGGGUGCCUGCGACAGACACUCAUGGUACAUACAGCUCACCCGGCUUCGCCCGUUUCUUUCUAUCCUUUUGUGAUGUCUAAUCAAACAUUUUAUCCAGUCUGCCUUCGUGGCUUCGCUGUCGCCCUCAGCUGCGCACCAUCUUUUGCUCGUCCACCUUUCUUCCUUUCUACCUCCGUCUUUUUCAAUCACGGUGUCUUCUCUGUGCUCUCGUCUUCCCUCCUCGAUCCCUGCUCCGACUUCCUGUUGGUAUCACCCAAGUUUCCACUAUCAUCACGCCCCCGCCCCCUUCUCCAGUCUAUGCCCCGCCGUUCGGGCCUUUCUGUACCACCUCUAUCUCAGAUCUCAGUUUUUAUGUCCCUCUAUUUCUUUGUCAGACGUAUCUUCCGGGUCUGCCCCUUGGUAUUUACUUUUCGAGAGAUUCCUAUCAGUUUCCUUCAAAGCUUUCAGUUCUCUAUCCUGGAUCGAUGCCGCACUCACCCGUUGCCGUGCAUAUGGUUUCUAACGAGUUUACGUGACCAUUCUCUGGCCAUAGACUGUCUCAAACAACAGUUCUAGAAUACCAUGCCUGCAUGUCCAAGCGCUGCAUGCAUAUGUCCGGGAUAAUUCCACCGAGAACCCCAGCUGUU